CAGGCCGCGCUCCGCGGCCCGGCCAGGCCCCGCCUCUCCCCGCGGGCUGCUCGGCGGAAGGCCGCGCCGGGGCGGGCGGAGCCGCUCGCCGCCGUAUGCCCGCCGGAGUCAUGAGCUCCCACCGCAGCGAGAGCGACUGGCAGGGGCUGGUGAGCGAGUACCUGGUGUGCAAGAGGAAGCUCGAAAGUAAAAAGGAGGCCUUACUGAUCCUCUCCAAAGAGCUGGACACCUGUCAACAGGAAAGAGACCAGUAUAAGCUCAUGGCCAACCAGUUACGGGAACGACACCAGUCUCUGAAAAAGAAGUACCGGGAGCUGAUUGAUGGGGAUCCAUCCCUUCCCCCUGAAAAGAGGAAACAGGCAAAUCUUACCCAACUACUGAGUGAGGCUCAAGAUCAAAAUAAACAUCUUGGAGAAGAGAUUAGGGAGCUUCAACAGAGACUCGGGGAAGUACAAGGAGACAAUAAGCUCCUUCGAAUGACAAUAGCAAAGCAAAGACUUGGAGAUGAUGAGGUUGGAGCUCGCCACUUUGCAGCACAUGAACGUGAGGAUCUUGUUCAGCAAUUGGAGAAGGCUCGAGAACAAAUUGAGGCUCUGAGACAUGAUCUUCAAUCUGCACUAGACGAGUUACAGGAUGUUAAAGAAGAACGCUCUUUUUAUCAAGAUAAAUCUGAUAGGCUAAACCAAGAACUUAAUCAUGUUUUAGGAGGGCAUGAAAACCGUAUCAUUGACAUAGAUGCUCUAUGUAUGGAGAACAGGUACCUUCAAGAGAGAUUAAAGCAAAUUCAGGAGGAAGUCAACCUUCUUAAGUCUAAUAUUACUAAAUAUAAGAAUGCGCUGGAGAGACGAAAAAAUUCAAAGACUCAUAGUAGAUCCAGUAGCAGUGCUCUGACUGGAGUCCUGUCUGCAAAGCAAGUCCAAGAGUUGUUGUCAGAGGAUCAUGGAUGUAGCCUACCAGCCACACCACAGUCCAUUUCAGAUCUCAAAUCACUGGCCACUGCAUUGUUGGAAACAAUCCAUGAAAAAAAUAUGGUCAUACAACACCAAAGGCAAACCAACAAAAUUCUAGGUAAUCGAGUGGCAGAACUAGAAAAGAAAUUAAGAACUUUGGAAAUUGCUGGCUUGUGGAGUCUUCCAGGUGGAAAGGAUACCAUCACGUUCAGUGACGCAGCCUUGCCUGUUAUACAGCGGUCUAGGUCACCAUUGUUAGCAUUUACUGAUAAGCCACAGCAAGCUGAAGUACAAGCAGAACAGAAGAAGGAACGUGAAGAAACUCCUGCUGUUGCACACGAUUCCACGGCUCCGGAGGAAAGAAACUUGAAUAACAGAAACCAAAAUAAACACUUUUAUCCUUCAUUACCCCAGUUACAUUCUGAGGAAGAAGAAAUAAACAAGCUUGGAAGUCAAAUAAUUAAACUGACAAAACAGGCAGUUGCAGAACUGGAAGGGAAAAGAACAGAACGUUCAUCUGAAGAGCAGAAUAGUGUGGUUAGAGCGGAGCUCAAUGGUUCAUCUGAGGGAGGCUUCCCAUUGCCCAGCCCGGACCCAUCUGACCCCACAGACCCCUCAGCCUCAGGAAAUGAGCAGACGGCUGAAACUGAGGCCCUGAAAGGCAACGAUGAAACCUCAGAGAGUGACUGUGAAAUUACACAUGGAGGGGAGAACCGGAACGGCAGCACCGUGGGUGCGGUGCGUAGUGAGGACCCCGGAAGGCAAGGGGGUCUCAGUGCUACAAGUGCACACACAAAUAUCGGCGUUGAGGAGCUCCCUGAAUCUGAAAACAAGGAACCAUUUGAUCCUGCUGAAAACUGUGAAUAUUUGGAUAACAGAUUGGCUUGAGCUCAUCUCAUGAAAGCAUAGGGAGUUAUUUCACCAGAUCCUAAGGACGCAAAUCUCUGAUGCUCUGAAGGAAGUAUCAUCAGAGGAGCCAGAAGUCUUUCAGUGAGAAACAGCAAUACUGUUCCAAAGCUGAGAGAGCAGCAAGAAGAGAGCCAGUGAUGCCCUGUCCUCCUCCUUCAUGCUCUACGUUUCCAGAAUUGCAUCCCUCAGCCCCCAGGAGCUGGAGCAGCCCUCGGACUGAGAAGCGGGUGGUGGAUUUCAGCCUCCUCCUUAUGUGCCCUCCUCUCCAAAUCUGUGUUUGUUUUCCUAUGUUUUAGAAAACAUAAAUGUUUUUCAUAUGUUUGUUUUCUCCUCACUUCACCAGCCUUUGGUGUAGUAGAAGGUUUAUUUGUGUUGUUGCUGUCUUUAACUUCUGCCUGUGUUGAUGUUCAGUCAUAAGAAAACAUUCCUGUAAUAACUGUGGGAGAGGGAGGCUGCUGUGUCAUUCCCCAGCUCGCUCCUGAUGCUGGAGCUGUGCCACUCUGCUCCGAGGAGGGCAGCAACAAGGGAAUACUUAACGGUGAAGUUAGCAGCUGUUGGAGAAGGGGAGGUACGUCCUUCCUCUCCUGCUUGUAGCAUAAGGAACAGUCUCUGCAGCUGUGGAGCUUCUAUGGGCCAGCAGCCGUCAAGGCAAUUUUUCUGCUGGCUUGGGACCUAAUUGUCUGUAAAUGUUCAUUUCUCACUCCUAGAACUUGAAACCAAUCAGAGAGAAUUAAACCAAAUUUAAUAAAAUACUACUAAUAAAAAGGAAAAUCCCUCCCAGAUUGAGUUCUCCUUUGACAAAUAACUGCCAGCUGCAAAUUUUUACAGCCCACUUGUCAGCUACUGAAUAAACAGAGUUUAUAUUAGCGAUACUGACAAACUCUUCUGUAUAUGGAAACUGAGCUAGCAGGUGCUGCCAUAAUCAAGGUGUCAGAGUCCAUGAGCGAUUUGUAUUCAGCAGAAGAAGGGCUGUAUGUAAAUGAUUACAUACAAAUAUAAGGAAUGAUGGAGGGAAGGUGAAAAAUGUGGCUUGUCGCUGUUCUCCUGUGCUUUCCCUACCAGGUGCACCCAUGUAACCCUUUCAGUGCCUGUGCAGGCAGUAAAGCCGUAGUCACAGUGCUCCUCAGAUAGGUUUCCUUUCUCUUUAAAGGUAAUUUGACAUUGCAGCAUUUUGCUGAUGCUAAGCAGCAGCCCUUAGGGAAGAAACAGCUGUAUAUUUAAGUGCGUUAGGAACAUGAAGCAGUAAAAAGUUUUUCUUUCAUUAUCCUGAUGACAAUUUAAGUUCCUCAUCACCUGAAAACCAAGAAGAGUUUAAGCAUUUGAAAGAUUGUUUUGCUGUUCCCAUUAAUUGGAACUGACUGCACUAUUGACUCAUUUAUAUGGCAGUACUGGCAAGUCAGAAGAGAAAUAGCUGCAGAAACUGAGAUCUCCAGGAGAAUGUGGCAGAUUUUUUUCCUUUAAUGCUUGAAUGUUAUGUCAGGUAUCACUUUAUCUGAGAUGCAUUCUUUUCCAUCUUUCACAGAUUAAUCCUAUGCAGAGCUAAAUAUCAAUGCAGUCAGAACUGAUGCAAGCCAGUAAAAAGGGCAGGGUUUCACACAGCUGAGCUCUGAAAUUUUCAGGGUUGUUUCUGGCCUUUGCUUCCUUGUCCUGUAUCUUUCCUGACCUACAACUGUGUCAGCUGGUAUUUGCUCCUGGUCCCUCAACAGCCAGUUAAUGCUAUUAAUUAAUGAAAGGCUUCAUGCAGAAAUCAGAGCAGGUGGAAGUAGUUCUGGACUAGCAGCAGCUUUUCAGCGCCUCACUCAUUGAUUCCUUUAGUGUGGUUUUUCUGUGAGAAGAAAAACUGGUGUACCAGCUGACAAUUAGGUCAUCUUGGUAACUGUCCUCACUCCAUUAGCCCUCAGUCAUUAAACUGCAGUGAGAGAUCUGGAUUCUGGGGAGCUCAUUUAGAGUGCCACAUCACUGCUGCAGCGCCGGUGCCAUGCAUCCUGCCUGGUGAAUGGCUGCUCUGGCUGCGGCUUUAGCCUGCUCCCAGCAACACAAGGCUUUGAUACCGGGGCAGCCGUAAGAGCGAGAUCCCUCAUUAAAUAGUAUCGUCAGUAACUUUCUUAGAUGUCGUUUCAGGUGAUGCUGUUGUGCUGUUAGAAUUAUGAGGGUUUUUUUGUUUGCCUGUUUUCAUUCGUUUGCUUUGGUUUUCUUUUAAAUCCAUUCCUGUUUUGUUGUGGAAUCAGCACUAUUUUGUUGAGCCUCUUUUAGACUUGUGUUCCCUUUUUCUAGGACUUCAGAAAUGGAGAAAUCACAUCCAGGUGUAAACCCUUUUGCUGUUGGGCUCUGGGGAAGUAAACUGGAAAGGGCAAUGCUGUGGCAAGGGUAUGGAGAAGAUGCAUUUCACAAACUGAUCUGAAGCACGUUGUGUUACCUAUGAGUAGGAUUUCAUUUGAAAGAGCUGUGGUGGUGAUUUGGGAAAGAAUUUUCGGUGAAUUUGUAAAAUAAUUGUGUGAAAAGGACAGAUUAAGAAGCAUCAUUUAGAAUGUUGCUUCUUUUCUAAGUGAGACUAUUUUUAAGCAUAUGGUAAUUUGUAUAAUAAAGACAGCGGAAUUUCUUUAAUCCGUAUGAGCUCAGGAAUGCAUUUUGAAAUCUUAGCUGAGAUUAAGUUGAAAGUCUGCUACAUUUCUAAAAGAUAGGGUUCUGUUUACCAGCCUCUGUUUUGUAGUUUUACUUCUUAAAUGACGCGUUAUAAUUUAUUUGCAAACCUCUUUUGUUGCUGCUUGGAUUAACUGCGCAACAUAGUUCAACUCUAUUAAUAUAUUUUGUCAUCUUUAAUAAAACCAUACAUUUCCUGA